AUGGAUUCUUUAAGUGAUUUAUCAUUUUCUAACUCAUCUGAACAAGAACAGGAUAUUGAAGACAAUCAACAGAAAGAAGUAAUGAAAAAUGAUUUUGAAUGUUCAAAAAUUAAAAAUAAAAUUGAAGGGUACGUGCAAGCAAUUGAAAAAGAGAAUGGAAAUAGCAGUGAACAAAUUUCAGACAAUUGGAAAGUCAUUUCUGGAUAUGUUGCACCUAUUAGUCUGGACAAAAUUGAAACACAAGAAGAGAAAGAAGCUCAGCUAAAAAUAAAACUAGAAAGAUUAGAAAAGGAAAUUGAAAAAGCAAGAAAAGCAACACUUCAAGCAGAACAAGUAAAAGAAGCUGCUUAUGCUGCGGCUCAAGAAGCUCACCGAAAAUAUCUGUUUUUAGAAGAUGAGAAACUUGAAUUAGAAAGAAAUUUACAACUUUUAUCUCAAGAAAAAGAAAGAAUAGCACAAGAAGUUAAAGAAAGAGAAGAAGCUCGCGCGGAGACUGAAAAGAUAGUUUAA